AUGAAGACAUCGAUCACGCCUCUGCCGAUUGUCGAGGAUAUGGUGAUCUUUCCCUGCAGAAGCGGGGAACCCCGUUCACUCGAAGAUGGUCCCCCGUUAGCAGAUGGACAACCCCCGGUAGCCGUCACGGAAAGUGGUGCUGAUACCCAGGUGUUCGGAGAGGUUUGUGUUCGUUUGUUCCCGCAGGUGAAGAGUGAUCGCGACAAGUGCAGGCUGCUUGCUGCGACCCUGGCAUGCGUAGUCAUGUCGACUCUCUGCUUCUGCUGCUUAACUGCCUACGUUAUAUGGAGCUGUUCCUACCAAUCGCCAUUCCUCGGGCUGCGGCAGCAUAGCACAGAUGGUGACAGCCGCGUAGGUCCUUUCAGCGCCGUUCCUUUAUCUCAGACAAAUUCAUCUCAGACUGCGUCAUUUUCUGCCGGCGCUAGGGAAGUCGGAAAUCUCUACCCGGGUACGGUGUUACCCUCGGACUUGGUUCCUCUUGACACCGUCCCACCCCCGUUUGUGUCGAUCUGGGACAUCAACGCCAUACCCCUUUUUGCCGUCCAAAAUAUGGGGACGUUGGCGCUGAGGUGGGGCGAGGUCGGCCAGCAAAACACGACGGAAAUUGUUCUGCAGGUUACGGGUAUCUCGCGUUCAACAGCUAACCCAGGUUCAACCGAUGGGCCUACCGAUAGUACCACAACUGUCCUCUUGUCUGGCGGGUUCAGCUUCGUCGUCGGCGAAGAAACAGCUGCACUGUACGAUUCAAGUGGAAAUACCGUAAAGUCCAUGACCAAAGUAGUUCGACCAGAUUCUCCAUUGCAGGGGGAGGGAGGACGAGAGCUACCCGAGGCAAGCGACAGCCCGCACCGCUAUUUAGGUGUCAGACGCUUGGAGCCCAAACCGGGAGGGCUGUUUGGGAUGCCCAAGCAGACAGGAUUCGCGCCUGCCGUGCUUCCUAAUGGACCGCCUCCCCAACCUAUUGGACCCCCGGCAAGCUUUAUGGAUGCUUACUGCCGAUAUGGCUGUGGGGGCAUGUCAGUGACUUUCCCUUACUACUACCGACCCUUCUUCGGCUACGGAUACCCAUUAGUCGGAACAGAGGCCAUGUUUCCACAAGGAUACGGCGGUUAUGCUGCCGCGCCUCUGCUGGCAUCGCAAGGAGGCGCCCCCGUCAUCACAGGCGCAUCUGGCCCCGUCUUGGCAGGCGGCGUGCCCGCCGCGGUUGGAGCGCCUGGCUUUGGAGCUGCAAACGUUGUCGGUGGGAUUCGGCCAGUUGCCGUUGCCCUGCCUGUGUGA